AUUAAUGGAUGGCUAGCUUAAUUCAGACGGGUUCUCAAAAUCUUAGUGUACACGUUUUUAUUAUAAUUUUUACGAAAUUUUAAGUAAAUGUAAGGUAAAAAGUACGAGUAAUUAAGUAGUUUUUCGAAGCUGAUUUUGAGCAACAUGUCUGCAAAUUCAAAUUCACUGGAAGUCUCGCCGAAUAGUACGUUAACCUUCACAAAAACCAAUGAUAGACAAGAAAUAACCAUCAGAAAUGUGGGCGAAAAGACAGUGACCUACAAGGUGCAGAGCACAGUGCAUGGCAAGUUUAGUAUACGACCCCGCUGGGGAGUCCUGAACCCCACUGAGCACUCACAUGUCGUCAUAACCAUGUGCAAGGAUGCCGAGCUCUCGAGGAAGGGACGCGACAAGAUAGUGGUCGUUUGCAUGGUUUCGCCCAUCAAUGCUGUGGACUUUGACAUGACCACCUCCUUCUGGCGCCACAAUAUCUGCUACGAUCCCAAUAUCGAGAAGCACCAGCUCACCUGCCAUCAAAUUGAUGGGGGGCAGGGUGUAGGCGAUGGUGUGGGCGUGGGUGACGGAGGCGAUAAGGAUGCGAAGUCGGACGAUCUAAGGUUUCGCCGGGGUUUAUUCCCAUCAUUUUGCAGUAUUCGCAUUCCGAGCAAGUACUGGCGAUAGUUUUCAACCCGGUGGGGAGAGUUCCUCCAUUACCUUUACACCCUUCAAUCCAGACUGAAGUGUCAAUUAUCCCGCCCGAGCAUUUUGCCUUAAUGGCUGCAAUGACUAAGUAAUUGGUUAGCAGCCCUACCUUGUCUUUCCAUUGCCAACCUCUAUGGGCCAACAUUGUUGAUGAUGAGCCUUCAUUAAAAACUAAGAGCGUGUCUAUCUCCCUCUGUGAGUUUGUGUGUGUUGGCUGCAUCAAGUGGCUCGAAGGAUGCUCAUGCAUCCUGGCAACAUCGAGUGCGUUUACCCCACCCACCGCACCUGAUAAAACUGGCUGAUAAAAAGGCGUAAAUUGCUGGCAUUUUAGGCGUGCGCCUCUGGCUCUUCCUUCACUGGCAAUUAGGCAAACGUUAGCGAAGGCUCUUGAACUUUCGAUGCUCCCAUCGAUUGACAUUCUGCCAGGUUCACCAGGUUGCCCGGCAAUUAACUCGCAGCGUUAAAUGAAAGCGUUAAAUGGCAGGGGAAACCAUAAAAAAGCAAUGCUAAACCGAAUCAAACUGUCUUUAAACAUUUAACAUUUUUCUUAGCCAAAGCAUUGCUUAAAAAUUAAAGUUGCAUAAAUCUG